AUGGCCCGUAAUGAGGAGAAGGCCCAAUCCAUGUUGUACCGUUUCCGGGAAGCGCAGGCUGCAGAGCUUGGGCUUGGAACGCGUUCUGAUAGACGACCGCGCACGGCAGCCACAUGCAAGAGUCUACGAGACUGCGAGAGGUGGAGAGGAGAAAUAUUGAGAGAGAUAAGUCGUAAGGUGUCGAAAAUUCAAGACGCUGGAUUGUCGGACUACGAGGUCCGUGACUUGAACGAUGAAAUCAACAAGCUUUUGCGUGAAAAGCGGCAUUGGGAGAACCAAAUCGUGGCGCUGGGUGGUGCCAACUACCGGAGAAAUGUGGCGAUGUUAGACGACGAUGGAAAGGAGGUUCCUGGGACAAAGGGAUACAAAUACUUUGGACGAGCGAAAGAACUUCCUGGCGUUCGUGAAUUAUUCCAAAGCCGUAGAAAGGAGGCCGAAGAGGAAAACCAAGCUCUUGCAUACUAUAACAAGUUUAUGAACCAGGGACCGAGUUAUUAUGGCGAUCUGGAUGAAGUUGAUGGCAAGCUGUUGGCAUACGAACGAGAAGUAGAGGACGAGGAUUGGGAGGAAGCGUACAAUACUUUACGGGAGAAUCUAGGUCUACCGACAGAUGACCCUCCUCCGCCGCUACCCCGACCAGUAGCAAACGUACGGGAAACAAAACAUGAUACUCAACACCCCCAAUCGUCCUCUUCUAAGCGUAAGGCUGUCGACCAAAGUGAAGACAUGGAUAUGGACGCCGACGAGUCGAAGAAGCCCAAGACGUCGCCUACUGCAACGCCUUCAAUCACCACCAAUCUGGACGCCUCUUCGGAUACGGACGUGACGCGGAUACACGCCCAAGCUGCCGCCGCGUAUAUCUCCUUCCUCGAAGUCGACCACCUUCUACCUCCAAAAUUGCCGUCACACGCCGAAAUGGAGAGCAUUCUACUGACCCUCCGAAAGAAAGCUUUGGUGGAAGAAUAUUUCGGAGAUGCGACCUAA